AUAUAAGAAUUCUGUUUUAUUUCUCAUAGCUGCCGUAUAGAAAAGUUGAUUUUCUCGUCAGGUCAGGUUAUCUAUGAAUUGUACGUAUAAAAUAAGGCCCCAAACGGACUAGACGAAUUAAAAAUAAAAUAAAUGCUAUUGAGGCUUCUACGUGGAGUAGAAACCUCAAUGACGUUUCUUAAUCCAUUUUUUAAUCGUCUAGUCUGGUCUUGUUGGUCGUCCAAAAAGAAAAUAUGUAGCAGCACCAGCGCUGUCAGCAGGUAUAUAAGUAAUUGUAAGAGUGAAUGUAAUUCAUACAAGAGCUAUUAUGUUAAACUAGCUAAAAGGAUUAUAAUUUGUGUAAUUGAAUAUGAGUGAUUUAAUGGCAAGGAAGGUUUUGACAAUUCCCGCAACGUCAACAGCUGUGGAAAGAAUUUUCUCCCAAAGUGGCUUUAUAUUUCGACAACAUCGGGCCAAGAUGUCAAGAAAGACAUUACAAAUGUUAACAAUGUUAAAAUAUAAUCAGGGAUUAGUGUAAAUUUUUUGUUCAAUAAAUUGAUACAUGAUUAAAUUGUGAGACUUCAAAAUUCAAGUCAAUGACUUAUGACUUGAUACUUGACUUGACUUGAUUAGAGCAAGACUUGAAUGACUGCACUUGAACUUGUGUACUUCACAUUGAUGACUUAUGACUGUACCUAACCUGACUUGAGACUUGUGUCAAACGACUUGACUUGACUUAAGUCAAAAAAAUCGCUGACUUGCCCAUCUCUGAUCAAGAUCAAUUUAUUGCAAGAAAUACUGCAGCUGGACAAAUUUUUAUUCAUGGUGAUUUACAUGCAGAAAAUUUUGGAACAUAUAUGGAUAAUCAUGGUAUUCUGAAUUUUGAUGUUAACGACUUUGACGAAGGUUAUGUCGGUACAUUUACAUGGGAUGUUAAAUGUUUAUUAGCCUCGCUUAAUUUAGUUUGCCAUAGGAAAUGUUUUUCAGAUGAAGAAAUCAAACGUAUACUUAUUGUUUGUGUUGAAGAAUAUUUAAAACAAAUUUAUGAAUUUUGUAAACAUACAAAAAAUGAAUUUGCAUUAACAUUAAGAAAUACUUCAGGGAAAAUAAAAGAAUUAUUAAAUAAAGCUCCUAUUAAAACUAAUACUGAAUGCUUGCAAUCGUGGACAACUGUUCAAGAUUUUGAACGAAAACUGACUCGUUCGAAAAAGGUGCAAGAUGUUGAUGAUCUUUUACGCGCUGACUUAAUGCAUGCUUCUAAAAAAAUAUUACGAUACAAUACCAGAUAUUAA